ACAACAGCAAGCGGUGUGGAUGCAGCGACAUGCAGGCUUGCCGCCGUACUAGCCGCGACCUCGCGCGCAUAGUGCGCAAGACCCAUUACAGCACUGCUAGCAACCCAGAACAUAUACGUCGCGACUUACGUGCACUCCUGCGAGAAACAGCGCAACCAGUCGCCGUCGUCACUUCCCUCAUGCCCCAAGCCCCCAGCGAACCGCACCCAGACACCACUCACUAUUCUAGGUUCCACGGCGCGACGCUCUCCUCGUUUAGCUCCAUCGCGCUGGACCCUCAUCCCCUGGUUGCGUUCUCGCUUCGCGUUCCCUCACGUAUGGCGACGUCUCUGAAGGACGCGCACGCUGCUCCGCCCGUCCCCUCACACAUGGUCGUCAACAUCCUGUCAGCGGCUCAGGCGGCCAUCGCAGUUCGCUUUUCGCGUCCUGAUCUUCAUCCGCACCCAUUCGCGCAUACCCCCUAUACGCUGACAAGCGAGGGGCUCCCGGCGAUCACUGGCUCGCUCGGUGCGCUCUCCUGCAGGCUGAUUGCAGCAUCGUGGCCAUUGCAUGACAUAGAGAUGCUGGACAGCAAGAACAAAAAAGAAGGGGCACGAUCAUGGCAGGGUGACGGCAUUGCUUCGGAGCUCUUCAUAGCGCAAGUCACGCGCGUAGAGUCUCUGUGUGCUUCUGACGAAGAGGACAGCACACGGACAUCGCCUCUACUGUACUACCGCCGUCGCUAUGCUACCACCUGUGAUCUAGAGGCACCAGAUCACUGAACUAAUAACAACUCAGGCUAUCAAUAUU